ACAUUCCCAUUCCACCUAUCAUUUCUCACCAAGGCUGCCUUUCUACACGUUCUUUACCCCUGUGCCAGCACACUACCAAGCUUUCAUCACGCCAAUCUAUUCAACUUCUGUGUACAUCCGAUACACCUCUUUCUCUCAACUUCACUGAUUUGACGCGUCUUUUUAUCAUUAUCAAUUUGGCAUUCCAUUCUUAAUUCAUCAUGGCUCCUGGAAAGCAACCAGCUACUCUCGAAGAGCUUUCCGAACGGAUUAUCUACUCGGACCGAUACUCAGAUGAUAGAUUUGAGUACCGACAUGUUAUUCUCCCCAAACAAAUGCUUAAGCUCAUUCCCAAGCGAUAUUUUGCGUCUGACGAUUCUGGUUUGCUGAGGAUUUUGGAGGAAGACGAGUGGCGUGGCAUUGGCAUCACCCAGUCUCUGGGAUGGGAACAUUUCGAAGUGCAUGCCCCUGAACCUCAUAUUCUCCUUUUCAGACGACCUCUUCCCGGUUCGAACGCCAACGCCAAGAGGCAAUAGGUUUCAUCAAUGGGUUUCAUUUGUUGAGGGUAGACAUGAAGUAGCGUAUAGCGGGAUUAGUGGGAACUGAUAUAUUGCUUGUUCAGUAUGGAAAAGAUUCCUGGUUUAUGCUGAC